GAUUUGGAAAGCAUUCAGUUAGUUUUUAGCUGCAGUUCGAACUGCACGCUCGGUCGGAUAAAUAAUAAAGUGUGACAAAGGAAAGGAUACAAAUCGAAAUCGAAACGAAGGACUAAAAGUGUGAAAGCUUCAAAAAGGAUAUCGAAAGGAUAAACGGGAAUCUACUCUGAAAUCAAAAGUUUUGAAUUAUCCGAAACAAAAAAACGAAUCGAAAUGUAUUUACCCUACACCCAAUUGCCGGAUCCCACGGAUAAAUUCGAGAUCUAUGAGGAGAUUGCCCAGGGCGUUAGUGGCAAGGUAUUUCGGGCCAAGGAACUCGAAUUGGAUCGCAUGGUGGCCUUGAAGAUUCAACAUUACGAUGAAGAACAUCAGGUGGCCAUUGAAGAGGAAUAUCGCACGCUGAGGGAUUAUUGCAAUAGCCCCAAUUUGCCGGAGUUUUAUGGAGCCUAUAAGCUGGAGAAAGGCAAUGGACCCGAUGAAAUAUGGUUUGCCAUGGAGUACUGCGGUGGUGGCACUGCAACGGAUUUGGUGAAUAGGCUUCUGAAGCUGGAUAGGCGUAUGCGCGAGGAGCACAUAGCCUAUAUCAUACGAGAAACUUGUCGAGCAGCUGUGGAACUUAAUCGCAAUCAUGUUUUGCAUCGCGAUAUACGAGGCGAUAAUAUUUUGCUCACCAAGCAGGGCAAUGUCAAGCUAUGCGAUUUUGGUUUGUCUCGCCAAGUGGAUUCAACUUUGGGCAAACGUGGCACCUGCAUCGGUUCACCCUGCUGGAUGGCUCCGGAGGUGGUCAUGGCCCAAGAAGCUAGAGACCCGGAGAUAACAUCUCGAGCUGAUGUCUGGGCCUUGGGCAUAACGACCAUUGAAUUGGCCGAUGGUAAACCUCCAUUUUACGACAUGCAUCCAUCGAGAGCUCUCUUUCAGAUAGUGCGUAAUCCGCCGCCCACUUUAUUCAAGCCGAGUAAUUGGUCUCAACAGCUAAUCGAUUUCAUUGCCGAGUGUUUGGAAAAGAAUCAGGAAAAUCGGCCAAUGAUGGUGGAAAUGGUUGAGCAUCCAUUCCUAAAUGAACUUUUCGAUAAUGAUGAUGAGAUGCGCAAUGACAUUUCCGAACUGUUGGAGCUAAGCCGCGAGGCCCAAGGUUUCUAUCGUGAACCCGAAAUCCUUGUCGAUCGUGGCUUCAUCAAACGCUUCGAAGGCAAACCGGAACGUAUGUUCCCCGAAGAUUUGGCUGCCAUUGAAAAUCCUGCCGAUGAUGUGGUCCUCGAAUGUCUACGCAAUCGCAUGGAAUUGGGCAACUCGUAUUCCUUCAUUGGCGACAUUCUACUCUCGCUAAAUUCGAAUGAGUUGCAAAAUGAAUUCCCUCCGGAGUUUCAUGCCAAAUACAAUUGCAAAUCAAGAUCGGAAAAUUUGCCGCAUAUCUUUGCUGUCGCCGAUACCGCCUAUCAGGAUAUGUUGCAUCACAAAGAACCUCAACAUAUCGUCUUUUCGGGUGAAAGUUAUUCGGGCAAGUCUACGAAUGUUAAGCUGCUCAUUAAGCAUUUGUGCUAUUUGGGUGCCGGUAAUCGUGGUGCCACGGAGCGUGUCGAGAAUGGCAAUAAAGUCAUCAUGGCCUUGGUCAAUGCUGGCACACCCAUCAACAAUGAUUCGACCCGGUGUGUUAUGCAAUACUUUUUGACAUUUGGCAAAACGGGUAAGAUGUCGGGAGCUGUCUACAAUAUGUACAUGUUGGAGAAAUUACGGGUCGCCACUUCGGAUAUGAUGCAACACAACUUCCACAUUUUCUAUUACUUUUUCGAUUACCUAAAUGCCGAGGGUCUGCUGAAAGAGUACAACUUGAAAUCGGAGCACGGUUAUCGUUACUUGCGCGUGCCACCCGAUGCACCACAGGGUAAACUCAAGUAUCGUCGUGAUGAUCCAUCGGGCAAUGUAGAACGUUUCAAGGAAUUCGAAACGAUUUUACAAGAUUUGGAUUUCAACCAUAAGCAAUUGGAGAGUGUACGUAAAAUAUUGGCUGCCAUCUUGAAUAUUGGCAAUAUACGCUUCCGGCAAAUGGGUAAAUAUGCUGAGGUUGAUAAUACGGAAAUGGUGACACGCAUUGCCGAGCUGUUGCGAGUGGAUGAAAAGAAAUUCAUGUGGUCUCUGACGAAUUUCAUUAUGGUCAAGGGAGGUGUGGCCGAGCGCCGCCAAUACAAUACGGAUGAGGCUAGAAAUGCUAGAGAUGCUGUUGCUUCGACUUUGUAUUCUCGUCUGGUCGAUUGGAUUGUGAAUAAAAUCAAUAUGAACAUGGCAUUCCCCAGGGCUGUUUUUGGUGAUACCAACUCCAUUGUCAUCCAUGAUAUGUACGGCUUCGAAUGCUUUAACCGCAAUGGCUUGGAACAGCUGAUGAUUAACACUUUCAAUGAACAGAUGCAGUAUCAUUACAAUCAACGUACCUUUGUCAAUGAAAUGCUGGAAAUGGAAGCUGAUGACCUACCACCAGUCAAUUUAAAUUUCUAUGACAACAAAACGGCUUUGGAUAAUCUUCUUACCAAACCAGAUGGCCUAUUCUAUAUCAUUGAUGAUGCUUCGCGUAUGAGUCAAGAUCAGGACUUGAUAAUGGAUCGCGUUUUGGAAAAGAGCAGCCAAUUCGUUAAGAAACAUACGGCCACGGAGAUUUCUGUGGCCCACUAUACCGGACGCAUUGUCUACGAUACUCGAGCCUUUACCGACAUCAAUCGUGACUUCGUGCCACCCGAAAUGAUUGAGGCCUUCCGUUCGUCAAUGGAUGAAAAUGUUAUGGUUAUGUUUACCAAUCAACUGACCAAGGCUGGCAAUUUGACAAUGAAUUUUGAAAGUGUCCAACAUGCUGAUGAUUCGCAAAGGAGAUCAUAUACUCUAAACACCCUGUCGACCGGUGUUAUAUCGCAGGUCAAUAAUUUACGUACAAUGGCUGCCAAUUUCCGUUAUACAUGCUUGACUAUGCUCAAAAUUCUUAGCCAAAAUUCAAAUAUUGGUGUGCACUUUGUGCGAUGCAUUCGUUCCGACUUGGAGUACAAGCCACGGGCCUUCCACACCGAUAUGGUGCAACAGCAAAUGAAGGCACUGGGUGUCGUUGACACGGUUAUUGGCCGCCAGCAGGGCUAUUCUUGUCGUUUGUCUUAUGAUGAGUUUCUCAGGCGUUAUAAAUUUUUGGCUUUCGAUUUCGACGAAACUGUUGAUAUAACCCGUGAAAAUUGCCGUUUACUUUUGAUCCGUCUGAAAAUGGAAGGUUGGGAUAUUGGAAAAUCGAAGGUGUUCUUGCGUUAUUACAAUGAUGAAUUCUUGGCCAGAUUGUACGAAACCCAAGUAAAGAAAAUCAUUAAGGUCCAAUCGAUGAUUCGUGCCCUAUUGGCUAGAAAACGUGUCAAAACCGGGGGAAAACCAGAAGCAGGUAAAGCUCCUGGUACCCUCGAUGUUGCUGCCGCUAAAAUACAAAAAGCUUACCGUGACUACCGUGGUGGUAAAGCGCGUUUCCAACCUUUGGUGGACAAGAAUGGACAAGUGAAUCAAGAGACAGCUGAAUUUAUUCGACACUAUGUACGCAAAUGGCGGGAGAAAUCAUUGUUCCAGGUCUUAUUGCAUUAUCGUGCAGCCAAGUUUCAAGAAUUUGUUAACCUAUGCCAACAGGUCCACAUUUACAAUCAGCGUGUUGUUGCUGGUCUGAAUAAAUGUACUCGGGCAGUGCCAUUUGAUCGCAUUAAUACCAGAGAAGUGAACUCAGCCCAAUUGGGACCAAUGCCGGUGGCGGUACGAAAAAUUCCCAUACGUUUGGAUCAAAUUCCAUUCUACGACACACAAUAUAUGGUGGAUCCAGCAAAUUCCUUGGCACGACAAUCCAUACCCUCGACUUCAACAGUAAUGAACAAUAUGUACGACGAAGAAGCCUGGGAUAGUCCAUUGCAAAGGAACCCAUCGAUGACAUCACAAUUAUUGACCUAUAAUGCCUACAAAAAGGAACAGGCUUGCCAGACCAACUGGGAUCGUAUGGGAGAGAGUGAUGUAAUUUAUAAUCAGAAUUUCUAUCGUGAUCCGCAUAUAAUGAGAAGAAACCAAGUUCAAAUGCAAAUGAACAAUUACAAUCCGAAUUAUAAUUCCUAUUAUAAUCCCAAUAAUUACAAUUCACAACCACAACGUUGGGGGUCGAGGCGUAACAGUUUAAAGGGCUACCCAGCACCACCACCUCCGCCAAUGCCACCCAAUAUGUAUCAGCCCAAUAGACAACAGAAUAAUAUGCGCAAUUCUUAUCCUCCAGUGUCGCAAAAUCCUGUACAAGAACUACAAAACAUGAUGGGUAAUCGUGGUGAUUAUGGGGACACCGAGGACGCACCCUAUAAUUUCAAGGCGAUGCUACGUAAAACAAAUUACAAUCGCAACGAUGCCAACACCACAAAUUACGAUUUCAAUUCGAAUAGCCAACAGACUUUCCAACCUCCCAAACUACGUCCCACCGGUAGAAAGUUUGAUGAGGGCACACAGUACGGUGGAGCCAGCAAAUUCGGUGGACGUAGUCAACAACAGGCAACCUCAUCCUAUGAAGAUACAAGCAACAAUUAUGCAGAGGCUGAUAACUCGGAAGUGACAUUUACCGGUGAUGCUUUUGAUAUUUAAGACAAAAGAAAAUCGUAUGGUUUUCCAGAAAAUUCUACCUUAUUAGUAAAGAAACCAACCACCCGACUGUAGAGUGUAAGAAGCAAAUAAAUGAAAUUCAUAUUUUAAUAGUUUUCAAUAAAGAAUUUAAGAAUUAAUAAUAAUAA